AUGGCCGUUAAGAAGAAAGGGACUGAUUCCCCCACUCCAGAGAAAUAUGACUUUCCCAAGUCGUUUCUGGUGCUUUCCACCCAGAAAUCUUACUUCACACCGACACCCGAAACCGUGGUGGACGGCCAGAUCAUCACGAUCCCCAAGUUCUUUAACGCCGAGCUCUGCGACGAACUCAUCGCCUCGUUCACCACAUCUCCGAGCCUCACUCUCGAAACAACCCCCCUCAUUAAGGGCAAGGGAUAUGCGGCUCGUGUGAAUGACCGUGCCUUGACGAACGACCCCGUCGCGGCCCAGAGCUUGUGGGCGUAUCUUUCCAAGUUGCUCCAGCUGCAGUACGGCGAUGAGGCCAUUUCAUCCAUCUUUGACGACGCCAUCGGCUUGAAUCCCCAGCUCAGGAUCUACCGCUACCGCGCGGGUCACCAUUUUGGAAAGCACUACGACGAAAGUGUGCCGGUGACGGUGGAGAGGGUCAGGGGCGAGACCCGCUGGACGCUUUUGAUUUACCUCACUGGUGAUGAGGAGUUUGUGGGGGGCGGAACCAUCUUCUAUCCUCCUUCUUCCACUAAGCGCAAUGCCCGUUCGUUGAACAUCCAUCCGUCCAAGGGCAUGGCCUUGUUACACAAGCACGGGGACGACUGUUUGUUACACGAGGGAGAGUUGGUGAGCCAGGGCGAGAAGUGGAUCUUGCGGAGCGAUAUUGUUUACCCGUGGUAA